AUGUUCCUUCCGCAAACCGUUUUUCCAUUCGCUUCAGAUCUGAAGGUUUUCCUGCGUGUCAAGAAUCAGUAUUCGAAUUGAGGGAAAAAGAAAGAGUUAGUUGAUGAAGCCAUGAGAUACGAAAUGGACAGUUUGACUCUCGUCAGCGAAGCGGCUCAGGCCGGUGUUCGCGUUCUGGUAGAACCCAACAUUGCCGAUAGAAUAAUCGAUUGGAAGCCUAUCAGCGGAAGGGUGGCCUAUGGGUACAACUUGGAGGGAGAAAAUGAGACCUUCCUGGAGGAAGUGCAGUGUGCUCUGUCCGAAGUGCCAAAUACAGAGUCCCUCAUACUGAUGGGCGAUUUUAAUGCGCAUGUCGGAGUAGACGCUGAAAAGUGGAACGGCGUGAUUGGGAGAAAAGGCCCUAGCGACCUCAACAAUAACGGCAUGAAGUUGUUGCGGUUUUGUGCAAACAACGGACUUUCCUUUAUGAGCACUUCCUUCGAGCAUUGA